GCUGAAGUUCGUGAAGUUUUUGGGGAGUUUGAUCCUUUUCUUCAUGUCUGCUAGCAAAGAGUCUAAAAUGGUUCUUAAACACAAGAUCACAUUGUUUCUCCUCAUCUUUUCAUCUCUGAUUGUGAUGACAAGUGGAAAUCAAACAAAUCCAUGUAAUAGUCGGUGUCUAGCAAAUACUAUAACUGCUAAGAAAAUGAAGAGUGCACCGCAGGGUGACAACUGCACCGUCUCUGUUAAGGUCACUUCAAUACAGUAUGAGAUGCUGUCUUUUGAUACAAAGGACAUGCAAAUGAACAGCCGUAUCAAGAUAAACUUGUUGUGGAAGGAUCCUGAGCUUGGGUGGAAUAGAACAAUAUUUGAUUUUCCUGCAAUUCUGUUGCCAGUUGAUCAAAUCUGGACUCCUGGGAUCGUUUUUGACCAUGCAAUAUAUGAAACUGUAAAGCCAUACACUAGUGAUGUAAAAGUAACUCGGAGUGGAACUGUGGACCACGCAGUGAUCGUUUCCAUGGGAAUAAGCUGUGACAUCAGCCUUUUUUACUACCCCUUUGUGGUUGGGGAGUGUCUUGUGGGCAUUAAUGGAUGGAACCAGACAGAUUGUGGGCUUACACUCAACCUUCCUAGUAAUGAUAACAUAUCUUUGGUUGGAGGUAAUGCAGGAGAGUGGCAGACAAGGAAAGUGCAUGUAACAAGCGAUCCAUCUUUUGAAAACAACACCUAUCUCUCUAGAGCACGGAAAGAUGAAACCGAAUGUCCAAGUUUUAACAUCUUGGACCUGACAAAUCGCUUCAGUUCUUCUCAAAGCUGA